AUGGAGAAUGACAAUGAGUUGGAAAAUUCAAAUAAUGGACGGGUUAGCUUAAAGAGGAAAAUGGACGAAGAUGAGGAAGUUGAAAUGGAAUACAAGCCAUCUGAGGAGGAUAUCCGCUUGAUUUUGGCAGCUAGUGAAGACGAUUUGCCUCAGAUCAAAUCUCUCAACGAAUCUGGCAAUGGUGACAUUUGUUUCCAAGAUCCCGGGACUGGUAUGAGUGUCCUAAUGGCCGCUGCGGGAUCAGGUCACAUCGAAAUUGUGAGAUAUCUCCUUGAAAAUGGGGCACCCUGGAAUGCUGUCGAUAGAAAGUAUCGAUGUGCUGGUGACUAUGCAUCCAUGAAUGGCCACCAAGCUAUCGUUGACCUUAUUAUGUCUCAUGCUGUCAUGUCGGAGAUAAUCUUAUCGAUAGCUGAAACUGGGGGACACACAACAAAUCUUCCUAAUCCCAAAGAAGCUGCCGCUAUUAAAGCUGGAAAUCAGGAAUCUACAAAUGAAUCCACUCCAAGUAAACUAAACUCUGCCUACCUAUCCCGUCGCUUGGAGUACAGAGAAGAGGGCGGUUGUUUAGUUGACACUUCAACUCAACUUGCAGUGAUGAUGGAUUGGGAGCGUCCCCUAAUGGCUAUGCAUGCCUCUUGGAUCACAUUUUCAGAUGUUGAACCUUCUCAGCGUCCAGAAAAAAUUCGUACCCUCAAUGUGGGUUUCGGAAUGGGUAUAGUUGAUGAUGAGAUAAUGAAGCAUGCUCCUGAACACCACACCAUAAUCGAGGCACAUCCCCAGGUGUAUGAGAAGAUGGUAGAAACAGGGUGGACCCAGCGAGAUGGUGUUUCUGUCCAUCUGGGUCGGUGGCAGGACGUUAUUCCACGUUUGGAGCAUGAUAUUGCCAGUGGAAAAUUACUUCCUUUUGAUGGAGUUUUCUUUGACACCUAUGCCGAGGAUGAUCAUGAUCUAAAUGAAUUUCACGUCCAUUUGCCAAGAAUUAUGUCCCAACAUCCAAGAGCAAGGUACUCAUAUUACAAUGGAAUGUGUCCGGACAAUGUAUUUUUCCAUGGUGUAGCUUGUGAAACUACUCGACUUCGUUUGGAAAGGCUUGGUUUCAGGUGUGAUUUCAAACCGGUUCCUGUUAAAGACGAAGUCAGUGACGAGAAGACAUGGAAGAAUCUCUCCAGCAGAUAUUGGAACUUCGAUACCUACUUUCUACCACAGGCCUCUCGUUUUCCAAGUGAUUACUUUAAUAAGGAGUGA